AUACAUGUAUAUGAAAACCGGUCGCAUCUCUAAACACGUCAGUCAUAUUCAGUACAGUAUUUAAUAAUACAUUGAAUGUAUGGAAAGCAUUGGGUUUUAUAAUAUUCAUUGAGUUAUCAGUGAUUGAGUCAAACACUUAGUGUUUAUAUUGAACACACAUAUCAUCAAAACAAUGGCCAACCAGUCAUCAGAUAGUAAGCCAUCAAAAGAAGACUUAACCACUGUUUUCACAAAAUUGAAGUCAAACACAUGCAAUAAGUCGUGCUUCGACUGCGGCGCCCGUAUACCGUCGUGGGUGUCCAUUACGUACGGCGUUUUCAUUUGUAUCGACUGUUCAGCUGUUCACCGCGGUCUCGGUGUCCACAUAUCGUUUGUGCGGUCAUCCGAAUUGGACACGAAAUGGACGUGGGCUCAGUUGCGUGCCAUGCAAUGUGGCGGAAAUGCUUCAGCCACUCAGUUUUUUAAUGAACACAACUGUACGACAAAAGACUCCCAACAAAAGUAUACGAGUCGUGCCGCACAACUAUAUCGCGACAAAUUAAACCAAACGGUGGCCAAUAGUCUCAAAAUGUACGGCCAUUGUCUUGAUUUGCCCACCAGUGGUGCCACAAAUAGUUCGGCUAAUACUACGUCAGCAGAUAAUUCCUCCUCAUCUUCGUCUACCGAUUUUUGGACAGAACAUGAAAAAGUUGAAUCAGUGCCUAAACAACAAAGCCAUUCCAGUUAUUCAUCGAUUAAAUCUCAACAAACACCUCCGAUGACUACCGAUGGAACUGCCGGACCAACUGUUAGUCUUGUUUCAGCUAACAAUGUAAACUUGUCUAAGGAUUAUAAACCAUCUAUUAUUGGCACCAAAAAGCCGACCGUUAAGAAAGGGUUGGGCGCCAGGAAAGGAUUGGGCGCUCAAAAAGCAGUUAUUGAUUUCAAAAAAAUUGAAGAAGAGGCCAAUAAAGCUGAUGAAAUCAAAGAUAAUAUCGGGAAAAAUGAUAAACCUUUGACUGAAGAGGAAACCAUCGAUAGAAUUGAAUCUAUUCGGUUGGCAUAUGAAGACCUGAGUGAAAGACAAAAACAAACGGAAGAAAAAAUGCGAAGUAUUGAUCCAAACAAAGCAAAUCAAUUGGAAAGACUAGGAAUGGGUUUUAGUAACACUCGAACCAAAAGCUCCGGUAUUUCACAUUCAGCCGUUUCCGAUAUGCAAACCAUUGAACAGAUACCGAACCCGACAUCUUCAUCAAAAAAUUCGCGAACGAAAGAGUUGGAAAAGGAUAUGUUAAUGUUGGAAAUGGGCUUCUCAUCCGGUCCUCCAAAAUAUAAAGACACUCCGUUUGGUAGAAGUGAAUAUAAAUCAAGAGACGACUAUUCUGUCGACGAUUUCUGGAGUGAAUUUGAUAAACCAGUUGAGAAAAAACCUGACAUUUUAGACACAAUCGAAACCAUAGAUUUUGAGCACUCGAGAAGCUCAGAACAAAAACCGAGACAAACAUCUGAAAAAGUUAAGACACCGACCACUGAUUCCUAUGGAAGCGAUGCACAGAAAAAGUUUGGUAACGCAAAAGGCAUUUCUUCGGAUCAGUUUUUUGGUGGUCAACGAGAAUCUGAAUACGAACAGCGGACAACUAUGAACCGUUUCAGUGGAUCUAAUAGUAUCAGUAGUGAUGACUAUUUUAACCGAAACACUCCACAGAGCUCUAAGUCUUCGUCUUCUUCGUCGUAUUCUAAUUUCAAUGCACCCAAUCUAUACGAUAUCAAAGAGGGUGUCCGCGAUGGUGUCACACAAGUGGCCGGAAAAUUGUCUAAUUUAGCCUCUAAUGUGAUGUCAUCGAUACAGGAUAAAUACGGUGGUUAUUAAAUGAUGUUAUAAUAUUAAGUGUAGGUUUUUUUUAUUGAACAAAAAAAUAUAUAAAUUAUAUAAUUUUUUAAAAA